AUGGAGCCCCUCUCCUUCCAGGAAUACAUCUGCUCCCUGGACCCCGCCACCCUGCCCCGCGUUCUCAGGAUUUGCUCCGGUGUUUACUUUCAAGGGUCUGUGUACGAGAUCUCAGGCAACGAAUGCUGCUUGUCGACGGGUGACCUGCUGAAAGUCAUGGCUGUGGCACUGCAGAAGGUCAUUUGUGAGGACACGAAGUCGGGACACACAACGGAGCUGCCACCAACUUUUAAGGGUCUUUUCCAGCCUGCCCCAGCCCCAGAACCGUACCCGGCACCGCAGGGACCUUUACUGAAGGGCAGCAGGCAGCGGGGCCUGACGCUGCACCAGGUGCUGGGGCGGUGGGAUGGGCGGCCACAGCCCCUGCUGUGCCCCACCAUCAGCCCCCAUGUCCUGCUCCUGCACCCCGUCUAUGAGGUGCACGCUGCCAUGCACCUUCGUCGGGACGUGGUGAAGAUCCCCUCCACGCUGGAGGUGGACGUGAAGGAUGUGACGGAGGAGGCACAGCACAUCCACUUUGCCCAGCCGCUGCUGCUGAGUGAGGUGCUGGGGAUGGAAGAGGCACUGCCCACCCAGGCCGAGAUCCUGGACGGUCCAGCCGGCCCCGCUAUCUUUGAGAGCGCCUGGGUGCCGCAGCUGCGGCGGGGGCAGCGGCUGCAGCUCCACGGCCGCUCCCACGACUGGCGAGUCCUGGCCUCAGCCCCUGGCAGCGGCCGCCAUUUCCUCCUCUCCAGCGCCUACCAGGGUCGGUUCCGCCGGCGGCCCCGGCAGUUCACCAGGGUGCAGGAGCUGGCGGCCGGCCUGCGGCCCGGACAGCAGCUGCGCGUGGUGGUGACGCAGGACUGCGAGGGCUGGGGAGACGAUGUGCCUCCGCUCGGCGUGGGUGACCGGCUGGAGGCCCGGGGGCUGCAGGGGAAUGGCCCUGGCACCCGGCUGGUCUGCUACCGCCACGGCGGGGAGGAAGAGGAGGAGGAAGGCGAGGAGCUGCUGCUGCCGCUGGACCUGGGGGGCAGCUUCGUGGAGGAGGCGUGUGACAGCAAGAAGUAUGGGCUGGCAGAGCUGCUGGAGCAGCAGCCGCUGCCCUGCGAGGUCCGGGUUGUGGCCGCUGACCCGGGGCUGGAGCGGGAUGCACUGGGUGCCCUGCCCGCCCUGCGGCUGGAGGCCUGCCUGGACCAGCCCUUCCUGGUAGGCAGCUUCUGCGAGGAGCCGGAGGAGGGCUUCGAGAUUCCACCACAGUGGCUGGACUUCUCCCUUCUGCUGAGUGAGGGGCCCGUCCACCCCCUGGCCCCCUGCACCCGCCGCUCCCGGGUGGAAGAGCUGACCGAGGCCUUCUACUACCGGCUGCUGGCCCAGCUGCCGGGCAGCCCGGCCCCGCCACCCCCGCGGCCCCCCAAGCCGGCGCAGGCAGGGACGGGCCCUGGGGGAAGGCACCCCUCGGCUCCCAGACCCCUGGUCCCCAGCCCCCUGCCAGUGAGCACCCGUCUGGCUCCUCCACUGCCGCCACUCCCAGCCCUGCCCCGACUGAGCACCCCCAGCCGGUACAGCUGGCGGGGACCCCCUGGGGACGCAGGCUGUGCCCUCCCUUCCCUUCCAGGCACGGAGAGCGACAGCGCUGAACACGAUUACGAAACUGUUGACGGCAACAUUGAAAAGACAACUCGCAAAAUGCAGGCAAUUUUUCCUUUCUAGUCCUCUAGUUUCUGGAAGCCACCCAGCCUCCAAAUACUCUGAGCCCUUACACGAC